AUGGCCGAGCCACUCGUGUCGGAAUACCAGCACCAGCCUCACACCAGCAACGGUGCGGGCGCUGACGCCGUCCAAGAGGAGCGGAGCCCCGACCGCCCCCCGGGCGCAGAGCAGCCGGCGCCCGAGGACGACAGCAGGCGGCAGUCGAGAGCGUCCCCGCCGGGUGGCCGUCCUGGGCAGGAGGGGGAAGGGGGCCUGGAACCCCAGCCGUCUCCUCAGGUCUGCCCAGAACCCCAGGUCUGCCCAGAACCCAGCUGCCUGGAAGCGGACGACAAGGGCCAGAAUGGAGAGGACGUGUCCGCUGUGGGGGCCGCCCCGCCGCCCGCGGGAGGGGAGCAGCGGCCCGAGGCCGAGCCGCCCACCCAGCCGCGCCAGGACACCGAAGCCAACAAGCUGGGGGCUCGUGCCGCCGGGGGCGAGGAGCCGUGGAAGCAGCAGCAGCAGAGGCAGCUGGGCAAGAAAAAGCACCGGCGACGCCCUUCCAAGAAGAAGCGGAUUUGGAAGCCGUACUACAAGCUGACUUGGGAGGAGAAGAGAAAGUUCGACGAGAAACAGAGCCUUCGAGCUUCGAGGGUUCGAGCCGAGAUGUUCGCCAAGGGCCAGCCGGUGGCGCCCUACAACACCACGCAGUUCCUCAUGGACGAUCACGACCAGGAGGAGCCGGACCUCAAAACCGGCUUCUACCCCAAGCGGGCGGCGGCCAAGUCGGACACCAGCGACGAGGAGUUCAUGGAGGAGGCGGGCGAGGAGGACGGCGGCAGCGACGGGAUGGGCGGCGACGGCAGCGAGUUCCUGCAGCGGGACUUCUCCGAGACUUACGAGCGGUACCACGCGGAGAGCCUGCAGAACAUGAGCAAGCAGGAGCUCAUCAGGGAGUACCUGGAGCUGGAGAAGUGCCUCUCGCGCAUGGAGGACGAGAAUAACCGGCUGCGGCUGGAAAGUAAGCGGCUGGGGGGCGGCGACGACGCGCGCGUCCGGGAGCUGGAGCUGGAGCUGGCCCGGCUGCGCGCCGAGAACCUGCAGCUGCUGUCGGAGAACGAGCUGCGCCGGCAGCAGGAGCGGGCGCCGCUGGCCGCGUUCGGGGACUAG